UCUAUGGUUAUACUCUUUACCGACGUUGACAAUUUGAUAUUUUGCAAGUAAUUUUAUGUUAUUUCUAUUUUCAACUAUUUUGAUUUGCAUUGUAUGAACUCCGCGAAGAAAAUUAGUAAAUCGGAAACUUAAAAUAGAAAAAAUAAACCUCACUUUCGAUUGGUUUCUUUACUAUCUAAGUAACAAAGAAACGAACUACUAAAAUAAGUUUUUUUGCUACACUAUUACCUUAUUAUUAAACUCAAAAUGUCCAUCGGAACAGUGUACGAAAAAGCAUAUAAAGGUGAUUUUAAUCAAGUUAAAGUUAAAAUAGAUGAUGAUAAAUCUUUAGUAACGACACCUGACUCUAAUAACCGUCUACUUAUACAUUGGGCAGCUUUAGGUGGCAAUGAAAAUCUGGUUGAUUAUUUAAUUGACGAAGGCAGCCCUGUGGAUUCAGUUGAUGACACUAACUGCACACCAUUAAUUUUGGCAUCCUCAGCGGGACGGUUAGAAGUAGUAAGACUAUUGCUUGGUAAAGGAGUUAAUGUAAAUCAUAAAACAAAUCGUGGACAGACCUCUUUACAUUAUGCUUGUUCAAAGGGGCACAAAGAAGUAACAAAAUAUUUAAUAGAUUCUGGUGCAAAUGUAAAUGAAAGUGAUGUAUUAAGUGCUACACCACUUCAUAGAGCGUCGUCUCAAGGAAGAACUGAGAUAGUUGAACUACUCUUAAAGUCACCAGACAUAAAUGUAGAUCUGUGUGACUCUACUGGAUGCACAGCAUUACACCUAGCAUGUGAAGAAGAUAGAGAAGCAGUUGCUUCUCUGUUGGUGAAGGCUGGAGCAAGUGUAAACAUCAAAAACAAAGAAGAAAAAACUCCUUUAGAUGUUUGUUCCAAUAAGUUGAAAAAAAUAUUAAUAAACUUGUGUGAAUAAAAAUA